CGAGAGGGUGAACGGGAAAGGAAGGGAGGGAGAGUGACGCGGAGACUGGGAGAGCCGGCCCCCCCCUCCUCUCCUCCUCUCCCUCUCUUUCUCUCCUCUCCUCCUCUCCUCCCCUCCUCCCUCUCUCUCUCUCUGUGGAGCAGGCGUGUAGCGGCAUCAGACUCGGCGUGAAGGAACCAUGAGCGAUGUCACCAUCGUUAGAGAGGGAUGGCUCCAGAAACGGGGUGAAUACAUAAAGAAUUGGCGACCGCGUUACUUCCUGUUGAAGACAGACGGCUCUUUCAUCGGCUACAAAGAGAAACCUCAGGACGCAGAUCUUCCCUACCCCUUAAAUAACUUCUCUGUAGCAAAAUGUCAGUUGAUGAAGACGGAGAGGCCGAAGCCAAACACCUUCAUCAUCCGCUGCCUUCAGUGGACCACCGUCAUCGAGAGGACCUUCCACGUGGACUCGCCUGAUGAGAGAGAUGAGUGGACAGAGGCCAUCCAGAUGGUGGCUGAUAAGCUGCAGAGACAAGAGGAGGAAAGAAUCCAGUGCAGCCCCACCUCCAACAUUGACAACAUGGUCGAAGAGGAGAUGGACAUCUCUACCACACACCACAAACGCAAGACAAUGAGUGACUUCGACUAUCUGAAGCUGCUGGGUAAGGGAACCUUUGGUAAAGUGAUUCUAGUCCGAGAGAAGGCCAGCGGGAAAUACUACGCCAUGAAAAUUCUUAAAAAAGAAGUCAUCAUAGCUAAGGAUGAAGUGGCUCAUACGCUCACAGAAAGCAGAGUACUAAAGAACACCAGACACCCCUUUCUCACCUCAUUGAAGUAUUCAUUCCAGACUAAAGACCGCCUCUGUUUUGUCAUGGAGUAUGUGAAUGGAGGAGAGCUGUUUUUCCAUUUGUCCAGAGAGCGGGUGUUCUCAGAGGAACGCACACGCUUCUAUGGUGCCGAAAUCGUCUCGGCUCUAGACUACCUGCAUUCAGCCAAGAUUGUGUACCGGGAUCUCAAGUUGGAGAACCUGAUGCUGGAUAAAGAUGGCCAUAUCAAGAUCACUGAUUUUGGCCUCUGCAAAGAGGGCAUCACAGACGCUGCUACCAUGAAGACCUUCUGUGGCACGCCAGAGUACCUCGCACCUGAGGUCCUGGAGGAUAACGACUACGGCCGGGCGGUGGACUGGUGGGGUCUGGGCGUGGUGACAUACGAGAUGAUGUGUGGCCGAUUGCCCUUUUAUAACCAGGACCACGAGAAACUGUUUGAGCUCAUCCUCAUGGAGGACAUCAAGUUCCCACGCACUCUGUCGGCCGACGCCAAGUCCCUUCUGUCCGGCCUGCUCAUUAAAGACCCCAACAAACGGCUUGGUGGAGGACCAGACGACGCUAAAGAAAUAAUGAGACACAGCUUCUUCUCUGGAAUUGACUGGCAGGAUGUUUAUGAUAAAAAGCUGGUUCCUCCGUUCAAGCCUCAGGUGACGUCGGAGACAGACACCAGAUACUUUGACGAGGAGUUCACAGCCCAGACCAUCACGAUAACUCCACCAGAGAAAUUUGACGAGGACGGGAUGGACUGUCUGGACAACGAGAGAAGACCGCACUUCCCACAGUUCUCCUACUCUGCCAGUGGGCGGGAAUGAACUGUCCAUCAUGUUGACGUCAUCACAGCUGGUCUCUGAGGUCAUCCCUGUGGGACAAAAAGACUCACAGCUUUGGACCAACCCAGAACA